AUGAACCACUGUUACAGGCAGCUUCCCAUGCGUGAUUUUUUGGGACCCAGCGAUGCACCACAGAUCCCCUUCGAGGAUGACCCGUUCGCUUACCUCCCAUUUGAUGUUCAAGAUGAAGGGGUAGCUUUCGAUUUAAAUCCUGCCUCUUACGAAUAUGAUUUCCCCCCUAUUCACGCCACAAGCGACGCCACGAAUGUGCCAAUUAGCGGAUUGGCAUUUCCUAUCAACAUCGCUUCACCGCCCUCACCGCUUCCCGAACAUCCGGUUCCGAACCAGGGCUUGGGAGACUCACUCCGUUCCCAGAACUUUCUAAUACCUGCAGUAAAUUAUUCGGGUGCCGUCUCCAAUCCAUUUGCGAUUUCCUUGGGCAUGAAUGACGCAAACACUUAUAUAUCGGUUUCCGGACAGCGGCGUGAAUCCGAGCCACGGUAUUUGGUCCCAAAUGAGACUCAUACCCAGGACAACUUCAUCCCUUGUAUGGGCCUCCAAUUGGAUAUCCCAGGUAGUGGAACGGUCUUCCUUCCCGAAGAAGACCCCGAUCGGUAUGACCUCGAGGAAGUUUUCAGCAUGUUCUACCAAGGGAACAGAAACCUUCAGAGAAUGUCGCCGCAGCUCAUUGAAGCGACCCUGGGCAUCCCACCAGACUCUAAUGAUUCCCAACACCUGAUAUGUUCCCAGGACAAUGAGCGUCAGUCGGACCAGGACUCAGCCACUCUCGACGCCCUUUCCGCGCAGCCGCAGAUACCAUCAAGCCCUUCUACACUAGCACAGUCGCCAGAUGCUUUAUCGGAACCUGCUACAAGCCUCUCGGCACCUCAGAGAGACCGUGGCAUCCCUUUCACUUCUAGACCCAGACUUCUGGUGGCUCCUCCGGGCUUCAGUCAUUCGCAUAUCCUGGUCAUUACCAGCAACCCUGAGUCAUUGCCGGCAUCGCUGUGGGAUGGAGCGCGGCUUGCCGAAAUGGAGAAGGACAUAAGGUUGAAGGCCUUGGAUAUCGAAUCCCAAAUACCAAACAGUCAAGAUAGCAGUUCACGCGAUUUCAAUCAGAAACGACAGCGAGUCGAUAACCAACCCCAGUCCAAUAGCACGCAAAAAGUCUCGAAAGCCAGCGGCGUAUCGACAAUAAGCUCCUAUCCUGCUCUGUUUCCAUGUCCUGCUUCUGUUGCAACUUCAGAUCCUCUCCCAAGUGCCAUGCUUCACAGCCGUGUUCCUAAGCGCAAGGCGAAUGCCGAACGACAAGCCACUAGUCAAGUCAAGAAGGAGAGCACUUGCUUACUAUGCCGAGUAAUGAGGGAAAAGGUCUGUACACAUACCAAUACAAACACUCCCGCCUCCAUUUUUGCUCACACGUUUGCAGUGUAG